AUGCAUUGUGUAAGACGCGACCUGUUAUGGCCACCACUACUUCCGGGUUCUAGCAUUCUGGUCGGAAUCCACCUCUCCGCCUGUGCAACACACACUUUACACACGCACGGCGACUGCAAGCGGGCAGCAUCGAUCGUGGCUCCUUUAAGACAAACUCAGACAGACAUUUUUUUAACCCUCCUCUCUAAUCUCCCUUCAGUGCAGCAGUUGCAAAGAGGGAGAGAGAAAGAGAAAGAGAGCGAGAGAAGAGAGAAACUGAUUAGGAAUUAGGACUGAUUCGAGGGAAGCAGGCGCUAGGGCUUUGUGCAUUUGAAUAUUAACAUUUGAGGUGUUCUGACCAGAAGAAGACAGAGCGGAUGAUCAUUCAUUCACCACGUUGACAACCUCGCCUGUGAUUGACAGCUGGAGUGGCAGAAAGCCAUGAGAUUUGGUAGUUGGGUCUGAGGGGCGCUCUUUUUUUUUAACUGAUUUUUUUUGGGGGGGUAGAGAGAAGAUCUGCUUUUUUUUUUCUUUUCUUUUUUUUUUUUUCUCCCUGCUGUCUUGGAACCGGAGCGCUUUUAUGCUCAGCGACGCGGGCGGCUUGCUUCAGGUCCGGUAGACCGAAGAUCUGGGACCAUUAACUCACAGUGCUGGAGACGCAAAGGGAUUUUUUUUCGUGCUUCAUUUUUUGUUUUUCCGAGGGAGUUUGCAUAUUUGUUUCUUUUCACACUGGCCUUAAAGAGGAUAUAUUAGAAGCUGAAGUAGGAAGGGAGCCAGAGAGGCCGAUGGCGCAAAGGUACGACGACCUACCCCAUUAUGGGGGCAUGGAUGGAGUAGGCAUCCCCUCCACGAUGUAUGGGGACCCGCAUGCAGCCAGGUCCAUGCAGCCGGUCCACCACCUGAACCACGGGCCUCCUCUGCACUCUCAUCAAUACCCGCACACAGCUCAUACCAACGCCAUGGCCCCCAGCAUGGGCUCCUCAGUCAAUGACGCUUUAAAGAGAGAUAAAGAUGCCAUUUAUGGACACCCCCUCUUCCCUCUCUUAGCACUGAUUUUUGAGAAAUGUGAAUUAGCUACUUGUACCCCCCGCGAGCCGGGGGUGGCGGGCGGGGACGUCUGCUCGUCAGAGUCAUUCAAUGAAGAUAUAGCCGUGUUCGCCAAACAGAUUCGCGCAGAAAAACCUCUAUUCUCUUCUAAUCCAGAACUGGAUAACUUGAUGAUCCAAGCCAUACAAGUAUUAAGGUUUCAUCUGUUGGAAUUAGAGAAGGUACACGAAUUAUGUGACAAUUUCUGCCACCGGUAUAUUAGCUGUUUGAAAGGGAAAAUGCCUAUCGAUUUGGUGAUAGAUGAUCGAGAAGGAGGAGCAAAAUCAGACAGUGAAGAUGUAACAAGAUCAGCAAAUCUAACUGACCAGCCCUCUUGGAAUAGAGAUCACGAUGACACGGCAUCCACCCGUUCAGGAGGAACCCCGGGCCCUUCCAGCGGUGGCCACACUUCACACAGUGGGGAUAACAGCAGUGAGCAAGGUGAUGGCUUGGACAACAGUGUAGCUUCCCCCAGCACAGGUGACGAUGAUGACCCUGAUAAGGACAAAAAGCGUCACAAAAAGCGUGGCAUCUUUCCCAAAGUAGCCACCAAUAUCAUGAGGGCGUGGCUGUUCCAGCAUCUAACACACCCUUACCCUUCUGAAGAACAGAAAAAGCAGUUGGCACAAGACACAGGACUCACCAUCCUUCAAGUGAACAAUUGGUUUAUUAAUGCCCGGAGAAGAAUAGUGCAGCCCAUGAUAGACCAGUCCAACCGAGCAGUCAGCCAAGGAACACCUUAUAACCCCGACGGACAGCCAAUGGGAGGCUUUGUCAUGGAUGGCCAGCAGCACAUGGGCAUCAGGGCUCCAGGGCUGCAAAGUAUGCCAGGGGAGUAUGUAGCCCGGGGUGGUCCAAUGGGUGUGAGUAUGGGACAGCCAAGUUAUACCCAACCCCAGAUGCCCCCCCAUCCUGCUCAGCUGCGUCAUGGGCCCCCCAUGCAUACGUACAUUCCUGGACACCCUCACCACCCAACAGUGAUGAUGCAUGGAGGACCGCCCCACCCUGGAAUGCCAAUGUCAGCAUCAAGCCCCUCGGUUCUUAAUCCAGGAGACCCGACAAUGAGUGGACAAGUCAUGGACAUUCAUGCUCAGUAGCUUAAGGGAAUAUGCAUUGUCUGCAAUGGUGACUGAUUUCAAAUCAUGUUUUUUUUUCUGCAAUGACUAUGGAGUUCCAUUCUUGACAUCUUCUUUGGACCAAGGAGCAUCCCUAAUUCUUCAUAGGGACUCUUAAAAUGCAGGAAAAUCAACUGAAGUCAAUUUGGGGGACAUGCAAAAAUAACUAUAUAAGACAUUAAAAAAAAACAAAGAGUGAAAUAUUGUAAAUGCUAUUAUACUGUUAUCCAUAUUACGUUGUUUCUUAUAGAUUUUUUAAAAAAAAUGUGAAAUUUUUCCACACUAUGUGUGUUGUUUCCAUAGCUCUUCACUUCCUCCAGAAGCCUCCUACAUUAAAAAGCCUUACAGUUAUCCUGCAAGGGACAGGAAGGUCUGAUUUGCAGGAUUUUUAGAGCAUUAAAAUAACUAUCAGGCAGAAGAACCUUUCUUCUUGCCUAGGAUUUCAGCCAUGUGUGCUCUCUCUCUUUCUCUCUCUUUUCCUCUCUCUCUCCCUCUCUCUAGCCUGGGGCUUGAAUUUGCAUGUCUAAUUCAUUUACUCACCAUAUUUGAAUUGGCCUGAACAGAUGUAAAUCGGGAAGGAUGGGAAAAAACGGCAGUCAUCAACAAAGAUUAAUCAGCUGUUGCAGGCAGUGUCUUAAGGAGACCGGUAGGAGGAGGCAUGGAAACCAAAGGCCGCGUGUUAGGAGCCUAAUUGUCACACCAAGCAUCAUUGUCCCCAUGCGACAACCACCACCACCUUAUACAUCACUUCCUGUUUUGUGCAGCUCCAAAAACAUAGACUGAAGAUUUAUUUUUUAAUAUGUUGACUUUGUUUCUCAGCAAAGCAUUGGUCAUGUGUGUAUUUUUCCAUAGUCCCACCUUGGAGCAUUUAUGUAGACAUUGUAAAUAAAUUUUGUGCAAAAAGGACUGGAAAAAAAAUGAACUGUAUUAUUGCAAUUUUUUUUUUUUUGUAAAAGUAGCAGUUUGGUUUGAGUUGGCAUGCAUACGAGGUUUACUAAGUGGGAUAAGCUAAUUAUACUUUUUGUUGUGGAUAAACAAAUGCUUGUCAAUAGCCUUUUUCUAUCAAGAAAAACAAGGAGCUAAUUAUUAAUAGCAAUCAUGGCACAAUGAGUCUUAGCCUUUUGAUGGAAUUUGGAUUGUAUGAGGACUUCAAGUUCAGCUGUAGUCACUGAGCGCAGUAAUGAAAUCAGAAUUCAGAAUAAAGACAAGACUAUUUUUGACAUU